ACUGCAGGGGAUCAGCAACUCCCCGAAAGUGAAAGCAUUCUGAAUCAGGAAGUGCCGGAGUUAACAUGGCUUCGAAAGGAGAGACCGAGAGUUUGAGCGAGGAGGUGAUUUGUCCGGUCUGUCUGGAUUUCUUCACCGAUCCGGUUAUACUGGAGUGUGGACACAACUUCUGUCGGUCUUGUAUCACACGGUGUUGGGAAAGGGAGGAGAGAAACUCCUGCCCGGAAUGUAGAGAGGAGUUUGCUGACCGCACCCUCAGGGUGAAUCGGGCCUUAGCAAAUCUGGCUGAAAAAUUUCGAAAUCUAAACCUGAAUCCGAAAGGGAAGGAAAGUAAACGUCACUGCGAGGAACAUGAGGAAGAACUGAAGCUGUUUUGUGAAACGGACAAGACACUGAUCUGUAUGAUCUGUGCAGUGGCGGAGGAACACCGAGAGCACCGCUUCAGGCCGAUUAAAGAAGCUGUUAAAAAUUAUAUGGAUCAGCUAAAAUCUUCCCUAGACUCUCUCACAAAAAAGAAAUCAGACUUCCAGGAAAAGGAGCAGCAACAGAAAGAGAAGAUUUCCGGAGUUCGGGAACAGUCACACAGCCUUCAGUCCCACAUCACAUCCCAGUUUGCUGAACUGCGCCAGAUUAUCACUGAGAAAGAGCAGAGCUUACUCAGGAAUCUCAGGGAAGAAGAGAUGAGGAUUCUCAACCCAAUGGAGAAAAAUCUUCUAGCUCUUCAAGAGAAUAUAAGGAUUAUUCAGGAGGAAAUCACUAAGUUAAAGGAACAGAUGGAUCAAAAAGACAGUGUGAUGUUUCUCAAGGAGGAAGCUCGUCGGAACAGGAGGAUUAAUGACGAUGUCCAGGAAUUAGCAGUGACAGAUGAGACCCUACCGGUUGAAAACUUCGAUCACCCCUAUUUGUUGAACACAGUGCUGAGAGAAACGCUUGAUGCUAUUAAUCGAGUCUCUGUCACCCUGGAUGUGGAAACGGCGAAUCCGGAGCUCGAGGUGUCUGAGGAUCGGAAGAGUGUGAGAUUGACCCGGACCUGGAGGGAUCUCCCUGACACAGGGAAGAGAUUCACAGACUGGCCUUGUGUGCUGGGAUCGGAGAGAUUCACAUCGGGGAGACAUUACUGGGAGGUGGAGGUGACGGGGAUUCGGUUUUGGUGUCUGGGAGUCGCCGCAGAGUCUGUGAAGAGGAAGGGACCGGUCAGUCUGAGUCCGGAGACCGGAUUCUGGUAUAUCGGGCGGUUUGGUGACGUGUUACAUCGGGAUUGUGACGUGUCCGGUCGCCCCUCCCCCGAGUCCCGUCUCGCUGCCGGUCCCAUCCCCGGGAGGGUGGGAGUUUAUCUCAGUUACGAGUCCGGGACAGUUUCAUUUUACAACGCGGAGACCAAGUCCCAUCUCCACACCUUCACUGGGAAUAAAUUCACGGGGAAACUUUAUCCUCUCUUCCGGACCUGGGAUGUGAACCAGUGGCUGAGAAUCUGCUCCGGUUCCGCUCCGGGUCUGUAA